GGGCCCAUGUUUUUAAAAACAAACCUCGUGUGCCGGUUAAUAAAUUAUACCAAAUACACACUCAAAUGAGAAGAUAUAUUAGUUUAGCAGACACAAUUAUUCAGGCAUGUGGGUUGAACUCAAAAAUUCACAGCUAGCCAUUGCCAAUAUCUUGAUAUUGAAAAGCUGGCAUUGACACUGAUUGGUUUGAGCCCAGACCGAACUGUAAUUACUUUUCACUCCUUCAACUCUAUUUAUACCAUAGUUUCAUCCUUCAGCUCAAUGCACCCAGCAGGCAGCAGCUAACUCUCUUUACUCUUCUUGGCCUACUGCGGUUGCCGUCUAGCAAUGGCAUUGAAAGUAAUGCUGUUCCUGUUGAUCUCUUCUCUUCUACUUACUACAAGGGUUUCAUCUAAUGAUGAGGAAUUUCUCAAGGAGGCCACUUAUGUCAAGGUUGCUCCACCCCAGAGCCCUGUCCAAGCACCAACUCCUGCUCCUCCAGUCAAGGCUCCGCUAGCUCCUGCGCCACCUGUCAAGGCUCCACUGGCUCCUGCUCCACCUGUCAAGGCUCCAGUGGCUCCUGCUCCACCUGCCAAGGGUCCAGUAGCCCCUGCUCCACCUGUCAGCGCUCCGGUAGCCCCUGCUCCGCCAGUUAAGGCUCCGGUAGCUCCUGCUCCACCUGUCAAGGAGCCAGUAGCCCCUCCUCCCCCAGUUAAGGCACCGGCUGCUCCACCGAUGCCACCAGUGAGAACACGAGCAGACUGCAUCCCCCUGUGUGAUAAGAGGUGCAGUUUACAUUCAAGGAAAAGACUGUGUGCAAGAGCAUGCAUAACAUGCUGUGACAGAUGCAAAUGUGUUCCACCAGGAACAUAUGGGAACCAGGAAAAGUGUGGCAAGUGCUACACUGAAAUGAGAACCCAUGGCAACAGAGUGAAGUGUCCCUGAAAUGGACUAAAUUCCUAGUUUUCUAUGCUGCUUGCCUUUUGGGGUUCCACCUUGGGGAGUGUGGAUGUCUGAAUUUUUAAUUUGUAAUAAAUUUGAAAAAUUAAAGAAAAUACCAUCAGGGGACCUUUCUAGCA